UUCGGCCCCGCACCCGGUUCCGGCCCUGCGGGGUCUCGGUUCCGGGUUCGUUGCCCCGGUUUCCGGCCCCGGCGGGUCUCUUGGGCUGGCCUGGCCGCGCAUAGCCCCCGUAGGGUGUCGGGACUACCCGGACCCACCCCAGAGGCCCCUUGCCCAAGGCAGCCUUGGCCCGCCUUGCCCCCCGGCCGCGCAGUCCUCGCCACUCCAUGGAGUCCCAGUGUGACUACUCGAUGUACUUCCCCGCCGUGCCGCUGCCGCCGCGCGCAGAGCUGGCGGGGGACCCAGGCCGGUACCGGGCGCUACCCCGGCGCAACCACCUCUACCUGGGGGAGACUGUCCGCUUCUUGCUGGUGCUGCGCUGCCGGGGCGGCGCGGGCUCCGGCGCCGGGGGUGGCGUGAGCUUGGGCUCCCAUGGGGCCUGGGCGGAGCUGGCAACCACUCUGGCCGCCCUGGCCUCAGUUAGCGCCGGAGGCGGGGCGCCCGGGUGUGGUGGCUCCAGCAACCUGGAUCCCGAACCCCCAGGGGGCGGAGAUCCUGGUGGUGGGGCGUUGUUUCGAGGCUGCAGCCCCCUUCUCACUCACGGCCCUGGCCCUGCUACCUCAGGGGGAACGACCACGCUGCCUGUGGAGGAACCAAUUUUGUCCACAGAUGAGGUCAUCUUCCCACUCACUGUUUCACUGGAUAGACUGCCCCCAGGGACACCUAAGGCCAAGAUUGUAGUGACUGUGUGGAAGCGGGAGGUUGAGGCACCAGAGGUCAGAGAUCAAGGUUACCUGCGCUUGCUGCAGACCCGAUCUCCUGGGGAGACCUUCCGGGGGGAACAGAGCACUUUCAAGGCCCAAGUGAGCACCCUGCUGACUCUGCUGCCCCCUCCAGUUUUGAAAUGCCGCCAGUUCACUGUGGCUGGAAAACACUUGACUGUUCUCAAGGUGCUGAACAGCUCCUCCCAGGAGGAAAUUUCCAUCUGGGAUAUCCGCAUUCUCCCAAACUUCAAUGCCAGUUAUCUACCUGUCAUGCCCGAUGGCUCUGUGCUGCUGGUGGACAAUGUCUGUCACCAAUCUGGGGAGGUCUCCAUGGGCUCCUUCUGUCGGCUCCCUGGUACCUCUGGCUGCUUCCCCUGCCCGCUCAGUGCCCUGGAAGAACACAACUUCCUAUUUCAGCUGAGAGGGGGUGAGCAGCCACCUCCAGGGGCUAAGGAGGGCUUAGAAGUCCCCCUGAUUGCUGUAGUUCAGUGGUCUACCCCGAAGUUGCCCUUCACCCAGAGCAUCUACACCCACUACCGCCUGCCCAGCAUACGCCUGGACCGCCCGUGCUUUGUGAUGACUGCUUCUUGUGAGUCCCCUGUUCGGACUUACGAGCGUUUCACUGUCACCUACACGCUGCUCAACAAUCUCCAAGACUUCCUUGCUGUGAGGCUCGUGUGGACCCCGGAGCAUGCGCAGGCUGGAAAGCAGCUGUGUGAGGAGGAACGCCGGGCUAUGCAAGCUGCCCUAGACUCCAUUGUCUGCCACACGCCCCUCAACAAUCUCGGCUUUUCUCGGAAGGGCAGUGCACUCACCUUCAGUGUAGCCUUCCAGGCUCUAAGGACGGGGCUCUUUGAGCUGAGCCAACACAUGAAACUGAAGCUGCAGUUCACUGCCAGCGUGUCCCACCCUCCGCCUGAGGCCCGGCCCCUCUCUCGCAAGAGCAGCCCCAGCAGCCCUGCUGUCCGGGACUUGGUGGAGAGGCAUCAGGCUAGCCUGGGCCGUUCUCAGUCCUUCUCCCACCAGCAGCCCUCCCGCAGCCACCUCAUGAGGGGUGAAUCCCAAAGGGAAGAAAAUGGCCAGAACCAGGGAGAGACCCCAGGAGGACAUAGUGGGAGGUAAAAAAAGGUCGAGGACAGCCGGUCAAGAUGGCUUAGAGGAUGGAAGCAUUGUACAUUUCCUCUUGGGACCACACCAAAAUUGUUUCAAAACCACAGAGCAAGCAGUCGCCUAGGAUCUGGAUGAGCAGAAGCCUUACAACUAAGGAGAGAAUUAAGAAAUCACCUUGGAACAGUAGUAAUGAGCAGAGAUGAGGGCUGCCUGGUCCCAUGUGGGCUGAGUGAUACAGAAGUUACAGAAGCUGCACUGGGCAGGUGCAAAUGUGUCUCUUAAAGGGGCCGCGACCACGACUGGGCCUUCAUGGUGACGGAUUCACUCACCCUGAGCUCCAGCACUGGAGUGGCUGCUGGGCAGGGGGUGCCAGAGACAUAAAGGGGCACACUGAGUUAUAGGGCUUCAUGAUGAGGGCUGAAGGAGUGGCUUUCUUUGGGGCAGAAGUGCUGGCAAUAUCCACUGAUCCUUGGAUGAUCUUUCCCACCCCUAGCUUGCAGACAUAGACCUGCCAUAGCUGAGACAUCAUCAAACUGGAUAACAGAGGUUGCUCUGCCCAAAGGACUUCCUGAAACUCUGCCCCUUCCAACUUGUGACCCUACUCAAGUCACAUCCAGUCAGGUCCUUGGCGUGCCUUGUGCUCCUUGCUGAGUAGCUCCAAGCCCCACACUGGCGGCAGCCGGCAUCGGUUUCUGACAUGGCCUCUUGAGGCAACAACAAUCACAGCCCAGAUGGCAAACCAUCUGUGGAUUGCUUGCUGACUCUUAGCAGGUGACCCUGGAAGGGGCACAGGCUGGGGCUAAACUUGGCCUGAAGCUCAACCCUUUUCAGAGCUGUGCCACUGGGCCUUACGAAGCCACAUUACUAAGAUCAGGAGACUUAGGAGC